AUGUUCAACAAGGUCUCAGCAAGUAAUCCGGCCCUCGUGACCACCCAAUUAAACCUCAAAGACAUCAAAAUCUUUUCUUUCAAUAGUGUGGAUGAAUGGGAAAAGUUCGUUAUUUACAACCGUGCUGAAGAGCCCGCGCCAUUGGAAUUCAAUCCCACGGACCCUGAGCAUGGAUACGAUGUGAUCGCCGGGUGGAUUAGUACAGGAAGAAGCGACGCGCCAAAGCCCUUAGGCUACAAGAGAAGUCAGGACCACCCUCCCGAGUUCUUCUGGCAAUACUCACUUAUUUCCGAGAAAGCCAUCGCUGCGGCAAAUGCAUCUAAGACUGUAGAAUUCUUGGACCUUUCCUAG